UUUAGUGUUUUCGCACUCGUCUCACUGAAAGUGUUUUAGGUGGUUAGCUUAUGUCUGCAGGCGGGGGACUGUCGAGAGAGGAAUUCUUAGUACUCCAAGAGCAACUUAUCGCGUUGCGUAAUAGGAAUUAUGAGCUCCAAGAAUGCCUGCAGAAAAAAAAUCAUGAGAUUGCUCAGCUUUCCUCUCCAAAAUCAGAAGCGCUACAGUUUGCGAGUAAGCUGAUGAGUCGAAAAGACAAAGAGAAGGAACUCACACAGAAAUACGAAAGCGAAUUGGAUGCACUUAGGGUAAAGCUGACUACACAAGAAGAAGAAUUUCGUCUGCAACAGGAAACAUUAAUAUCUGAGUUGAAUAAGGUCGUUUCGCAAAACCAGUCCAUGCAAAGGGAAUUGGACCAGUAUAGAGCAUGUGGAUCGCUAUACUCAUCUCCGCAAGCAGGAACACCAUGUGAAUCGCGUACAUUUGUCGAAGCUCAAACCAACGGCGAUAUACGACAAGAUACUGGUGAUGCAGAUCCAGCAAAGAACGACUCAGCGGUAGCGAGAAAUGAGCAGCUCGAUCGGAUUAGUGAAGUGGAAUCAUCCCUGGCUGAGAAAGAGUCUAUGGUUUCAGCUUUGGAAAACAAGUUGUUGGAGUAUAAGGCGAGAGUGGUGGAGCUAGAAAGUCUUGCUUCAAAUCAUUCCAAAGAACAAGCUUCAUCGAAUGCUCUUUUGAAAGACAAAGAGCUUCAAAUGAGCUCACUAAUGAAGGAGUUGAAUGGGUUGAAAGAUAUUCUCUCUAAAAAAGACGAAGUCAAUUCUCACUUACAUUCUUUAUUAUCAUUGAUAUAUGGAAGGUUGUUGGGAAAGAAGAUUGACGCGGAGUUGCACGAUCGAGAUUCUCUGGAGGAGGUAAUGUCAGAAGUCAUGCAGUGGAUUGCCUCGAGAGAAGAUGAGUACGAAAAACUUCAAACUGAUAAUAAGGCUAUGAAUAAGCAAAUCCUGCUUUGUCGGGAAGAACUGGAGACAGAGAAAUCGAAAGUUACUGAUCUUGAAGAACAUCGCAUCAAGGAGAAAACUGAAGCAGAAGAGGAAGUGACAACCCUAACAGAGAAGCUUUUAUCGGAAGAGAAGGAACAUGCGCAGAAAAUGCAAGCUCUAAGGGAUGAGUUGACUUCUGAAUGUGAAGCUCUAAAAGAUAAAAUCAGUGCUAUGGAAGAAACAGGUGAGAAGCAAGUAGAGGAUCGUCUUUUGUUGUUGGAAACUCGCUAUCAGCUUGAAGUGUCUGAUCGCGAAAAGGUUUUUGAAAAGGAGAAAGAAGAGUGGAAUAGGAAAUUACGUGCUCUCGAGGCUGCACUGGCAGCAAAGGAUGAGGAAAAGGCCAUGGCUCUCAAGAAACAAGCUGCACUGGUCAAAGAACUUCAACGUGCGUUACGAGAGGAGAAAAAGCGAGCUGAGUCUCUGGAGAAGCAUGGUAUGAGCUCACCAGAAGAGCGAGGAUGGCAUCUGGUAUCUGAUCCAGAUUCAAGAAGUGGCCAGACUUUGGAUGGUGCUGACAGCCGUAGUGUGUCAUCAGUAAGUGCUCUCGAGUCGGAUAACGCUGAACUGAUCAGUAGACUUACUGCUCUGCAACGAACACAUGCUGAUGCUAUGGAUAGAAUUAAUCUGCUCGAAGGCGAAAAUCUUCGGUUGAAUCGUGAGAUCGAGGAGAAGCGAGAACUCAUUGAGCAUUGGAUAAGAAAGCGUCCCCUUGGUCAAGGCUCUGGAACAUAUACAUCUGGCAAACCAGAAGGAAGCUUGCGAAGGUUUCUUACUACCACUUUGACUGGAGAUGACGCAACGAAUGAUGUGAGAGAAAUGAACAGAAAGCUACAGCGCAUGUUGGAAGAGACGUUGUCGAAAAAUAUCAUUCUUCAGCGGCAACAUAAUCGGCUAAAAUGUAAACAAUCAGGAAUGCUGGAAGCGGACGUCACACCGGGUGGAGACGGCUCCCUGGAUUCGUCACUCAUUGAUCAAACUCUCAACAGUUCCAGUCUUCCUGUUAACCAGAUCGAAUUGAAAGAAGAGGAUACACCAGAGAGAAGAACAAGUACUGAGUCAGUGCUUGAUCGUUUAUCCAAGUUCCCUUAUCAAGUAUUUGUGUUAUCUGAGUACGGGAGGCCCAUCUUUGUUUCGUGUGGCCAAGAAGACCAGCUCUGUUCUUUAUUUGCACUUAUUGGCGUUUUCGUAUCGCGAGUCAAAGUAUGGGGAGAUCGCUUGCUGCAAUUCUCCUCUGGCGAUGUGCACGUCCAGUUUUGUCAGCGAUCGUCGCUCAUAUUGUGCAUAGUCUCUCGCACGUACGAGCAACUGGACGAGCAGUUGAAUGUCUUAUUCGAUCAGAUCGUCUCGACUCUGUCAAGAUCACAGCUUGAUGUUGUCUACACCAAAAAAGGAGAUAAUUACGAUUUGAGGCGGCUAUUAAGAGGAACAGACAAAUAUAUGGACAGCAGCGUAAUGGCUUGGCGCACUGACAUCUCUCUACUACAGACAGCUAUUCGAAUAAUUCCAAUGCCACCAUCAGAUAGAGACUUUUUAUCGUCAACAAUGGCUUCAUGUCUUACAGCUUCCAAACUUGAUGGAGUACUCUUCGGACUUAUGAUUGCGCAUAGGCACGUGGCUGCUUUCGUGAGGUUGAAACGCUACGCACUCCAUCCACGGGACACUCAUAUCUUACUCAAUUUGAUCUCCGGAAACAGCUCGCUGCGACUCUCGGAGGCGCAGACGUGGACACCCAUUUGCUUGCCGAAUUUUAAUGACAAGGGUUUCGUCUACGCUUUUAUCUCCUUUCCGUGGGAGGGAAGUUCUGCUUGUCUGAUUCUGUUAUCCGUGAAGAAAGAUCACUUCGAUCCGUUGAAUGAGGUCAAAAAGCGCAUAGUUGAAAAACUGGAGAAUAACGCGAAGUUCUUCUCUAGUUUUCAGUGUUGUAUAGAAAAUCCAGUCGCAUUUAGCAUAUCCCAAAUCGGAUCUGGUAGCGAUCUCCUAUGGUCGUUUGUGUACAAGAAUCGCAACUCGAGACAAGUGUGCAUAUCUGGAGCAAAUGGACGCAACAGCGUUGCUCGCCGAGCACAGCGCGGACGGUUCAAACAAAUUAUAGCUGAGUCUGAUAGAUUUGACCUUGUUUAA